AUGAUUGGUGUAAACGUGUUCGAGUUGAGCUCCGGUCCGCGUACGGCGAAGUUGGCGCAGGUCCGAGAGGAUGGAAACAUAGCAAGCGAGCUUGACGCGUUGUCUGCGGCAGUCGGUGAGCCUAUUGUGUUGUCCGCUGUUGUAUUCCACGCCGUCCGUGACAAGAAGAUUUGCAAUGCGCCUCUCCCAACAGAACAGCCCCUACGUGACCUCGGCAUCACCAACGGCAGUUUCCUCAUCGUCCGCAAGAAGCGGCCGGUGCGUGGCGGCGCAAGGAAGGCGGUGAUGGCCACGGCACCAACAGAUGCAGGAAAAGCGUCAGCUGCCUCCCCACCCGCCGCGUCAACCGGUUUGUCUUCAAAUGCGGGCGCUGCCUUGGGCCCAAUGCGGGGGCGUGACUCGGUCGUGAGUGAGGAGGCAGUUCCGUCGGAGACACCACGUGAGGCGACGGUUCUCUUGAGUGAUCAGAUGCAUUUGCUGGUGCGCGAGGUGGGAGAGGAAGUGCGGAAGGCGACAGCAUCAUCAUGGGAAAAAAAUAGGGUGGACUUCAUGAAGGAACAGGCACAGUUUGAAGAGAAGCGCCUCGCAGAGGUGCAGGAGGCGAUAACGCGACAAGUGGAACAACAACGCGCCAUUGAACGGGCCAUGGGUGUUCUGCAGCAACAUAUUACUGAGAACGAGCAGGUGACGACAACUGUAGAGUCGAUUCAUCGUCUCAAUGAGAAACUAUCGGAUGAACUGAUGGAUGUGCGUAGGAAAGUAUCUACCAACGUGCAAGAGAGUGUCAGUGCGAUUGUAAAUCUUCAAGAAAGAAUAGAGGAAUCUGUACACUCACUGGUACCUGUGCCACACAAGGCCGCUUCUCUGCUCAACAGUGCAACCGUUCCAAGGCAUGCGGGUGGUAUGGUUCAACUCUCUGUGCCGCCUGCGGUCUCUGCGGAGGAGCUCGCCCUUCAUGAAGGUUUGCUCCAACACUUUUUUCAUGCAGUAGGACAAGAAACGGUUACUGCGAAGGAUAUGCUGUCGCGGUUUGGCAACCUUGGCGACGUGUACAAUGCAUUGUCUUUAAAAUACAAGUUACACCGCAGCCCUAUGCAUGAAGCGGUGCACGGAUACUUGCUGGCGCGUUUUCCGCACCUGGCGCCCGCCACACCCGUCAUCUGCUCUUUGCACGAGGGACGUGAGGUGGAGUACUUGGAGUCGGUCACACUCAAGUCUCUUGGCAUCACAACGCGCUCGCCCCACACGUGGCUCGAGGUCGUGCUGCCUGGUAACUGCGACGCUCCGCACUGCCAAUAUUACUACUCUUCAUUGGUUUGCCUUAGCCAGCGCGAGAAGCCGGAGUGGUUACCGUCUACGGACACCACUACAUGUCGUCUGUCCGAGCUGUCUAGUGUCUGCCCGCGCCUGCGUCUGCGUAACCCACAGUGGACGGAACACGGAAGCCCGUACAGCAAGCUCUUGCGAAGCAGGGCUUCGGCACUUGUUUUAAUGCGGCGGCCUGACCUUCAAGGUAACAUCGACGUUAUCUUGCGGUCGUACAACAAACGAGAAGAGUCCCUUUUGAAACUACUUACCGUUGGUCCGUGA